AGGAAAUCAUGAGUUAACUGGCUAAAAUAAAAAGCUCUCUUUUUAAGCAGCUUUAAUUAGGUAAAAGUCAAUGCUUAAUAGUCUGUAAAAGCAUUAUUUUAAAAACUAGUGAAAUGGAAUUAAUUGUGAGCUGACAGUCUAAGUUGGUUUGGUAUAGGUCUCUGCAAUUAUGAUGGUUAUUGCCACCUUUAUUAAGGGAGGCGGGGUAGCAUGGGGCCUGAUGUGGGGUUCAGAGCACACUUGAAUUCCAUUCCCUUAACUGCUCACAGCAGUGCUGUGUGCAUCAACAGUCAUCAGAGCUGCAGCAGGUGUCAGCAAAGCGACACAUAACCACACUCUCUCUUCCUACUGUGUUGUUGCUCUUCAGUGAGGAAGUUUAGUAUUAAUAGUAGGAUGAGGAUUUAAGCAUCUUGAGGGCAGGAAGUUUUGUCUGUUUCUUGACCGCUCUACCCCCAGGGCCUGGCACCCAGUGAUGGUUCGUAAGUGGUCAAUAAAUGGAUUGAACUGUUUUCUGACCUGACUGCAUGCACACUCUGUGUACUCAUGAGGCGUAGGUCUGUUUCUGUGAAUAGCUUUGCUGUAUGUGGUGUCUUUCAAUGACUUGGACUUCUUUUAUAUUGUACUUAUUUUUAUUUUAUAUUGUUACCUUAAGGCCAGUUAGCCACCCAAGUUUCAUCUAAUAGGCAUGCUUGGUAGUUGAUUAUAUAAGUUAAAGUUUUAUCUAUUGGUUAAAAUUCACAGGUCAUCAGCCAUCUGUGAAAACCACUGUAGUAUGAACCACAGACCAAGGAGGAUUUUUAUCUUAUGAAAAACAAAGAAAUUAUAUUAAUAUCCUAAUACAAGAAGGCAGACAUUCCUUUAAAGAGAAUGUCUUAGUUUGCUCAGGUUGCUAUAACAAAAUACCUUAGGCUAAGUAAUUUGUAAACAACAGAAAUUGAUUGCUCACAGUUUUGGAGUCUUAAGGUCAAGGCCCCAGCAGAGUUGGUGUACAGUGAGGGCUCCCACCCCAUAGAUGGUAGCUUCACAUGGCAGAAGGGACAAGGCAGCUCUCUAGGGCUCUUUUCUAAGAGCCUGAUCAAAGACACUGAUCUCAUUCAUGAGGGUGCAGCCUUUUUGACCUAAUUGCCUCCCGAGGGCCCCACGUUCCAAUACCAUCACCUUGCUGAUUAGGUGAAUUUUUAUUUUUUCUGCUGUGAUCUUUUUGUUAACAUAAGAAUCAUUUCAGUAACAUAAAAUAUGAUAUUAAUUAAGGAUGGUGGUGGCCAAGUUAGCAUAAUUGUAUUAGCUCUAAUUAGCUAUAAUUGAAUUUUUAUAUUUUAUGCAAUUAAAUUGUCAAAACCAACCCUUACGAUCUAUAUUAGUACACAACUAUAGACUUUAAAAGUGUUAGUAAUUCAGUCUUCAAGGACUCCUGGCUUCUCAGAAAUCCUUUGUACAUUGUUUUUGUCAUUCUGAAGAGUGCCCAUUUCACAGAUGAGGAAACUAAGGCACAGAGAGGUUGUCUGGGGCCCAGGAGUUAACUAUCAAAUGUAACUCAAAACUCAUGAUUCCAUGUAUUGUGUCCUUUCUAGUCUAUAGUACUGUGUACACCAAGAAUCUUAAUUAAAUACAACAUACCCAUCCAUUAGCAAACCUGAGAUAACGAGAAAGCCUUAGCACCACUUACAUGUACAUAGGUAAAUAAUCUCUUCCUUGCUGGGGCAACCUUUGGAACUCCCUUAGAGCAAGUAUCUAAGAAGAAAAUCAACGUAUCCCCCUUACCCUAGGUAAAACAGCAUUUCUUAAUUUUCAACUUGUGUUGUCUGCUCCUGCUCUCACUUAUUUUGUAAGAAGAGUCAUUGAUGUCAAGUCAGGCCGCCAUAAUAGCCAGUUUUAAUUACCACAUCUCCAGUCUUACACUAGACCUUGCUAUUCUCUGUGAUGUUACACUUUACUGUAGUGACUGUAGCUCAGUUGAAUGUGCAGUGUUUGGUGGUUUUACAAAUGUUGGAGAGAAUUUUUACUAUAGGACAGAGGGUAAUAAGGUUUUAUGUGUUGGGCUGAGGAGCCUAUUGUAUAUUUGGCAGCUUUCUAGAGCUGAUGUUGACAGCCAUAAUGUUAACACAUUUUCAAAGCAAAGAAAGUUGGAUGCAAGCGUUAUGAAGAGAAAAUUUGGUGAUGGUAGGGUGGCAUUUCCAAAUGAUAUUGAAAAUAGUAUUCUGGGAGUGAAUUUGAUUAGAUAGAAAAUACAAAGUCAGUAGACAGCUUUCCUAUGAGAACAGUGAAGACUCAUUAAUUAAUAAGAAUGAGAUAUUCUGCUUUUUUUGGAAGCAGUGACAUGAGCAUUCUGCAGGAUUUCAAAUAGUUAGAUAAUUAUUACACCUUGGUCCAGGAGUCUCAGCCUGUCUGCAGAGAAGAAGUAAAUAUUAAGUACCUGAAGCCUUUGCUCUGAGGUCUCUGUUGGGGCAGGAUGUUUGUAGUAAGGUGUGGGACUAGGGGAUGCGUUCAUAAACUAUAGGGAUAUGUGGACUAUGCCUGGAAGCUGUCAUUUUUGUUUCCUCCAGAAGUUCCAGAGUAGAAGGAAGCAUCAUAGUCUCCGCCCAUCACCUCAGUGGCAUCCCUGAACCACAUCUGGGCUGCAGUUCCAGCAACUGACCAGACACUGUACCUCACCAAAUUGUAAUUCAUCUUCCUUUCUCUCUCUCCCUCUCUCUCUCUGACUUAUAUCAAUCAAGUCAUGGUACUUAGUAAAGAUUUGAAGAGGGAAUUUCCUAUUAAGUAGGAAUAGUAAUAGAGGAAUUCUAUCUGUACAGUUUAUACUUGUUUUGGUAAAUUACUGAUCUCUUGUAAAACUUGAGAGCUUUUUUUUUCUGGGCUAUUCAAUGUGCAUGAUGAAUAUUGAUAUCUUAGUGUGCUUGGAGACCAGUUUGAGAAUACUGAAAAAAAAUUUCAAUGUCACAGUAGAAUUUAAUUUAAACUUUAGCAUCUUCAUCUUAACUCUCUUUCAAUUUCUCCAGAACAGUUGUUCGCAUAAAAGCUUAAUGAUUCACAUCUGAAGGUUAUGUAUGUACUGAGGAAAUUCAAUGUCGAUUCUAAAUAUUUCUUAGUCAUCCUUAAACCCAGCUUGAAGCUCUAGGGUGCUUCAGUGUAGUUCAUUAUUAUAGAAGUAAAUCAUCAGUGAAUUGUUUGGCAAACAACAGUUUGUAGUGGCUUUUCUCCAACUUAGCCUCUUUCAGAAGUGUCUGCAUUUUCAGGAAGAUUAUCUGUUCAUAUUUUGAGGGUAAAAACAGCAUUGAAAAUACUUUCAGUGCAGAUUUGGUGGGACUGUUAUGGUGGUGCUGUUUUUUUAUUUUAAAAAGGAAUAUUAAUACUGAUCUCACCAUUAUACUUCUUGGAAUUCUUUACCCUGCUGACACCUGACAUCCUUGCCUCUGUGGGGGAGUUCCCCAUUAUUUGGGUUCCUUCAGGCCCCAACCCUCCUGUCCCUUCUGCCUCCCCUCCUCCAAGGCAUUGGUGUCCUUCUCUCUUGAUCACCCUCCCCCUUCUUUCCCCCUGCCCUCCUUUCCUUUCCAGUUGUGAUGAAAAACAUCAUACAAAAUUUACCAUCUUAAUCAUUUCUAAGUAUAUAGUUCUCAGGGAUGUUUUGUUAUUGUUUUAUAUUAUGAAGUUUUCAUUUUAAAAUUUUCAUGUGUUUAUUAGCUGCAUCUCUACAGCCAAGAUCUAACCUACUUCAGGCUCAGGCCACAUGUUACCUUCUCCCUGCAUUCAAUCAAUGCAUUCAUUAUGUGCCUGUUAUUUCCAAGCACUGUGUUUUGCAUUCCUGACUUUGUUUAGCACACAGCAGAUGUUAAACAUCUGAUCACUGAGUUUAAGAAAUUUUUCUUUAGGAAUGAUUUUUCAGUGGUAGAAUUUGAAAACAGCUUGUGUGAGUAGUCAUAGCUCAUCCUUUUAAAAAUAAAUGCCAAAUAAGAAAUGGGUUAUUGUGGGGAAGUCUCUCACUUAAGAAAAAUCAUUGUAGAGUAAUACCAACUGAGAUUUUCAUUUCCUCUCAGCAGAACUGGUAGGAUAGAUACUGUGUGUGCAUGUGUGUUUUCUUAAACAAUAAUGUUGAUUAUUUUCUUCUUUAAUUACUCUGCCAUCUCAAGAAUACAUUUUUGUCAUUUUAGAUUGCUGGCUCAGGAAUGAAAGGUUGUGUGUAUUUGGUUUCAGUCCUGAAAGCUCAUAUACUAUGUUUCUGGGGAGUAAGCUUGGUUUAAUAUAACUUUCCAUUUGGGGGAUUUUAGAAGUUAGUGCAUAAAAUAGUGUUCCCUUUGCAUGGAUGGAUGAAAUUUUGUGGUGUUCAAGCUGUUGUAUUAAAGAUGUGAAAGCCUAAUUGUAACAGAUUAAAAACUGUCAACCAUCUUUCAUAUUUAAGCAGGUUACAAUGGAUAGAAAUAUUCCUUGAAAACCUAGUUUUCAUUUUUCUUUCUUCUUUUUUUUAAUGUAGUUGCUUAGGGUCCUUAGAUGCACAGCAAAUGUCAGAACUGCCCUAAUUAGGUCAGAUGUUUCACAUUAGCUUGUAACAGUUGUGGAUGGAUGGCUGGAUGGAUGCACAGUGGAUGGAUUGAUGGAGGACAGACACUUUAAUUGACCCCUUGCCACUGUCACACCACACAUAUAUAACUCCCUGGCUAUGCUGAAUCUUAAAGAUUGCACAUACCACUAGUAUUGUGCUGACUGAAAUUGCUUGUUUCAUUUCCUAACAGAUUGUUUCUGUCUUUCUUAAUAGCCUGUGAAUAUCUGCAGAACAAGGUCUGACUUACCUGUUUUGUUAUUGCCUAGCAUGGAGUAGACAUAGAACAAGUGACUGUAAAUUGAAAUCACAGCAUGAUGGCUUAUGAAAGCAAAAUCAGAUGCAGAAUAUUUGUAUAUAUUUUUUCAGAAGUUUUUAGUAGUUAACGCUCACUCUUAAGUAAAGUGAUGGGAAAAACAUCCUCUAAUAUUUACUUUUUCUUGUAAUAAUGUAUGGAUGGCAUAUUUUUAUUAGCAUUCCCUGCAUUAUUCAGUAAGCAUUUACAGAGGAUCCUGUAUACAGCAGAUAAUCAAUUAAUAUUUUGAUGAAUAAAAGAUGAACACUUUUCCUAAUAUAUCUCAUAGAAAUGUAAAUAAAUUAUAUCGUUGAUAUUCCUGUCAUUGAUAACAUUAAUAAAAUCUUAUGGAAGGACCAAUUUCUAUUUUAACAUUUCUGAGAAAGAUGGUAUAUGCAUGACAGUCUUUAAAAUAGUCACUCUCAUUAAGGAUUUGUAUAUUCUGCUUGUUCCCAGAUAACGUGGUCUUGUGGGGAGGAUACAAUAUUCCUCAGCAACCUCUUAUAAUUUUCUUUCUUUUUAACAAGUCAGUUCCAUCUUCACACCUGUGAGUUCAGGUGAUAGUGCCAUGAGAUACUUUUAGGUUGUUAUUUUUUGCCUGAACAGACAGAGACUAGGCUUAGAGGAAAGGAUAUCAGUUUUUUAUUGCUGCAUAACAGGUUUCCACAGACAGCACCCAUUUCUUAGGUUGGAGGCUCCAAGUCUUCCGUGGCUCACCCGGGUUCUCUGUCAGGGUCUCCAGCAUGAAGAGUUGGCUAGACAGCCAUCUCAAGUAAGGCUGUGGGGAAGAAUCUGCUCCUAAGCUUAUUCAGGUUGUCAGCAGGGCUGAGACCCCUGUUCCCUGGCUGCAGGCUGAGGACUGAAGUUUCUAGAAGCUUCAAAAGCCUGUUGCAUUUGUUGGCUAUGGGCCUUCUCAGGAACAUUGCAGCCAGCAGCAGGAUCCCUCAUCAAAUUCCCAUCAGGCUUCAAAUCUCUUUGGAUUCUUUUCUGUGACCAGCCAAAGGAAACUCUUUUAAAGGGCUCAUGAAAUUAGGCCAGGCCUGUCCAGAUAAUCUCCCUAUUUUGAGGUCACUGUGUCACAUACCUGCUAAUCAUGGGAGUCAAAUCCAUGAUAUUUACUAUCCCAGGGAUUACGCACAGGGCAUACACCAGGGGGUGUGAAGUCCUGGGUCCUCUUUGAAUUCUGCCUCCACGGAAAGGUCAGUUAAGAUGCUUGGAAAAUGCCACCAAAUUUACCCCAGCGUUUAUACUGCUUCUACUUUAAGAUGCUGAAGACUGUGCUCUAUGAGCACUCUUCUUGUUUAAUCUUACUAUGUUUUUAUGGAAAAGGGAGGCAGCUCUGCCAUUGGCAUACAGAGAUGUUCUUAAUUUACAGUCAGUAGGGUUGAGGGUUUGAUGCUUACGAUUUACAUCCAUUGACCUGUAUUCUUUCAGGCAAUCACUCCCGGGCCAGUGGUGCCCAGAUGAGGACUGCAGUCAGGUGAGCAGUGUCAGGCUUGCAAUGAACAUAGAAACCAAACUGGCCCUUGUUAAGGGCUUGACCUAAGUUAGGAACUUGACAAGCCAGGCCACAGGGAGCUGCGCUGAGUUCAAGACCAGAGGAGCGACUUGUCAAAAUCACUGUUUUGGGCAGAUUAACCUCAAAGCUGUGUGGAUGGUAAGAGGAGAGAAGCCAGAAGCAGAAACCAGCCAGGAAUUCAGAAGUGAAUGCUCAUUUAUCAGUGAUAAGGGAGAUUUAGAAAUGUAUUGUGUUGCUUGAAUUGCUACUAUCAAUGGUAGUAGUGCUGGGAAAAUGAAAAAGACUGGGGAAAUAUAAGCAAGGUAUAAGAGAAAAUCCGGCUGCUUGUUAGGACUCGUGAGCACCUGGGUAGCCUUUGUUUACUUUUCGAAGAUACCAUGUGCUUGUGACUUUCAGGGUGCAUUGUAAAUCAUUAAUUUGUAUAUGGGACUUGCAAAUAUAUAACAUAUUUGGCAUUUCAAAUGGUAAAAAGCACUAUGGAAGAAGAUAAAGCAGAAGUGGGGAUAGGUGUAGAUUAGUAUUAAGUGCAUAUCCAUUUGGGGCUGUUAAAAAUCACCUAAAAUAAGUUGUUAACCAGAGGCACAUGGGUUGGAAUGGAUACCAAAUGUGUAUUUUACAUGGAGUUAUAUUUCACAUUUAUGGCAUUUGGCCUUGCACUCUCCCCUACCUCCUGCAAAAAGCAACAUUUGUUUAAAUGAGGUGGAUAAUGGAUCUGUAACAUUUAUUACUGUGGUGAUAGGAUAUUCAUUGCUUCUGAAUACUUCUCUCUGUUUGAGUCAUUAACCUAAUCACAUAUUCUAAUUUUCUUAGAGGCAGUAUUCAAAGGCAGUUUGGCUUUUACUUCCUUUUCCUUCCACUGUUUGACACAGGAAUUUAAAAAAAAAUAGGAAUCAUCUGUGAGUCUGGACAGUGGACAGGGAACACAUCUGUUUCAUCAAUUUCCUGCUGCAGAGAGCAUUUUAAGAAAGGACAGUGUUCCUGUGACCUCAGCCUACCAUCCAUAAAAUACUCAUUCCCCUUUCAGCUCUGCCUGCAGUUGAACACAAAGACCUGGAGGAGACUCCCACCUCCUUCAGGGAGAAGAAAGGAGGCAACGAAGCAGAUUAAAGGAACUUGUGGCUUGUGGCCUUUUUGUCCAAGGGCUGCCUGGAAGGAGAGGAAAGUGUGUGAAAGGCGCCGCGGCGGUUAAUGAGCUGUGAGAUGAGGCGUUGCUGCGGCCGCCGCUGCUGACACUCGCUCCCAGGCUGCACCCGCCGCCCGCGUUGCUUCAUGUACAUGUGUCUAUUCAGGCCGUGCGGAGGCGCCCAGAAGAACAUCCAACACGGCUGCCGGGGAAAGACCGCCCACCAUGCCCACGGAGACCCUACAGACAGGUAGCAUGGUGAAGCCGGUCAGCCCCGCGGGCACCUUCACCUCGGCCGUGCCCCUGCGCAUCCUCAACAAGGGGCCAGAGUACUUCCGCAGGCAGGCCGAGCCCAACCCCAAGAGGCUCAGCGCCGUGGAGAGGCUGGAGGCCGACAAGGCCAAGUACGUCAAGAGCCAGGAGGUGAUCAACGCCAAGCAGGAACCGGUGAAGCCCGCCGUGCUGGCCAAGCCCCCGGUGUGCCCGGCUGCCAAGCGCGCGCUGGGCAGCCCCACGCUCAAAGUGUUCGGCAACCAUGCCAAGACCGAGAGCGGCGUGCAGAGGGAGAACCUCAAGCUGGAGAUUCUGAAGAACAUCAUCAAUAGCUCCGAGGGCUCCAGCUCAGGCUCAGGGCACAAGCACAGCUCCCGCAACUGGCCGCCCCACCGCUCGGAAGCUACUGACCUGCACCGGCACUCCUUCGCGGAGUCCCUGAAGGUCUACCCGACGCAGGGCCGCGGCAGCCCGCAGGAGGGCGGCUCCCACGUGAGCAGGAGACUGCUGGAGCAGUCGGCCGAGUCCUUCCUCCAUGUGUCCCACAGCUCCUCGGACAUCCGCAAGGUGACCAGCGUGAAGCCCCUCAAGGCCAUCCCCUGCAGUAGCUCUGCCCCUCCUCUGCCUCCCAAGCCCAAAAUCGCAGCCAUCGCCUCCAUGAAGUCCCCCGAGGCCGAUCCUGUGGAACCAGCUUGUGGAGUCAGCCGGAGACCCUCCCUCCAGCGGUCUAAGUCAGACUUGAGUGACAGAUAUUUCCGAGUGGACGCAGACGUGGAGAGGUUCUUCAACUACUGUGGGCUGGACCCGGAAGAGCUGGAAAACCUGGGCAUGGAAAACUUUGCAAGGGCUAAUUCUGACAUAAUAUCCCUCAACUUCCGCAGCGCAAGCAUGAUCAGCUCAGACUGUGAACAGUCUCAGGACAGUAACAGUGACCUUAGAAAUGAUGACAGUGCCAAUGACCGCGUGCCGUAUGGCAUUUCUGCCAUCGAGAGAAAUGCUAGAAUCAUCAAGUGGUUAUAUAGCAUCAAACAAGCUAGAGAGUCACAGAAGGUCUCCCACGUGUAAGACAGUGCGUGGAAAGGAGGGAGGGUGGGUCUCUGUGCUUAUGCAGUCGUGAAGGUUGUGAGGUCUCCUUGAAGUGUUGUGAGCUUCUUCACUCUUUGUGUUGCUUGUUGUGCAAUGUUUUCAAGUUGCAUGCCUGUCAACAUGGGGACUGACCUGGCUUCCACGUCACCAUCGCUGCAGAGCCUGGCUGAACAUGCAUCAUCUGCCAAAAGUUUCAGGCCAGAAUCUGAUUAGGGCUUUGCUCCUAAGCAAAACUGUUUACAUGAAAAUGGUAUACAACUUCUUCGAUAUUUAUGUGGUUCUUGUGUUUUUAUAUCCCGCGCUAUUGUGUCUUAAUUAAAAGUUUUAUCAACUGGCUUUUAAGUUGAGAGCAGGAUCUUUUUGAAAUAAAAAGCCACUUUGCCUACAUGUAAGACUAUUCCCGUGGGACAGUGAUUGGGAUCUGCUGUCAAACAGAUAGUGACUGACCGAACAUAGAACCAGGCUGGGUUUUCUGUGGAAUAAAGUGGUGAGCCUGACAUUAAUCAUUUACAUGUUGAAAUUCUCUUUCCACUUAGUGAAGCAGUCGUUUGGGUAACAAUGCUACGUUUUGUGUCUGAUUCAGUGUGUAAAUGUUGGUGGUUCUGUGUAAUACCCCAAGGAAAGAUGAUCAGAUACAAUGAAGGAUGGGUAAAUCUAGGAGGUUGGAUGUUUGGGGGUUUUGUUGAUGUUCUGAUUUGGGAUAAUUCAGAAAUUUUUAAUAUUGUCUUUUGACAGAAUGGCCACCCUGAAACAGAUACUGAAUGCCUUUAAAAAAAAGUUAUGGUUUUUUUGUGGGUUUUUUUGUUUGUUUGUUUGUUUUGUUUUGUUUUGGUCAAGAACUACUAAUUUGAUGCUGUUUCUUUCCCUCUCCCUUUGUUGUUGUUUGAUUUGGAGGAAGGGAGUGGGGCUUGUGCAGGUUCGCACAGAAAUGGAAAUAUCAGCCAUAUCAGUAGAGCCUCCCAUUCAAAAGUGAAUGCACUUGGUAGCUAAACUAUAUCUGAGCAGCGUGAUUCUGUUGUCUUGUAUAUGUUAUUCUCUCAGGCUGUGGGUCUUUGUUACAGCUCUAGGAAACUGUAGAAACACAAUGCUAUGUAGCUUUUCCACCCCGUAGUCUCUAGUGCUGCCCAUCAACUUGUCCCCUUUUUUCCCCAAUAACCUGUCUUCCAAGUGGUACUCUUAGCUAUCACUCAGCUGACACCAAGAUGUGGUGGCUGAGAGGGAAACCUACAAGUGGUUUGCCUCAUUGCUUUUGCUAUGUCUGAAGUUCUCAGCAGCACUACGUUAGACUUCAUCAGCUAAUAGGAAACUUUUUAUGGUGUAAAUGCUGUAAGACUUUGUACAUACUUCAGUUGUUACGAAAUCUUUAAAGAAAAAAAUGAAAAAGUUACGCUAAUAAAUUGCUCUGGUGCAGGCACUAA